AUGCCCCAGUCCGGUGUCAGGUCCGUCGUGGAUAAUCGAGGGGAUUUACUUUUUCAGAAACGUGCUCUGCUCUGCCUCUCCGACAACCGUGGGUGCCAUGCCGCGUGCCUGGCCCUGGCACCGAAAUUGGGAGAACCUGACAGCUAUGGACCGAGCAGGGCGGCUGGCCUGCGAUCCCACUCACCCUCCCCUCCUGCCCUCGAGAGCACCUUUGCAGAGCAGCCUGGGCGGGGUGGUUCCCUUUCCCAGACGACGGGGCUGCAAUGCGGGGCUCUGGGCCGCAUCCAAGAGAGGAGGAGCCUCCUUCUCCUGCUGCUGCUGCUGCCCCCCUCCCCCCUCCAGUUCGCGACUUGGGGGCCUAUAAAGCGGCAUCUCCGAAGGCGGCGCCUUCUUCCCCCGUCGAGAACUUCGCGGCUCCGUCCCAGCCUCGACGCCUCCUUUUCUCCUUCUCCAUCUCUCUCCGGGCACAGCCGCUGCGCCAUGAGCCACCACCACCACUCCGGCGGCGUCCGCGCCACCUCCUACCGCCGCACUUUCGGGCCGCCGCCCAUGCUGUCCCCGCUGUCGUACUCCUCGUCCCGCCUGGCUUCGUCCUCUUCGGCCACGCGGCUGCUGAGCACGCCCUCGACGGCGGCAUCCUUGCGCUCCUACCGGGCCGGCGGCGGCGCGGUGACCUUCCGCUCCUCCAGCGCGCCGGCUCCGCGCUACGCCUACGGGGCUGCCGAGAAGUUGGACUUCUCGGUAGCCGAGGCGCUGAACCAGGAGUUCCUGGCCACGCGGAGCAAUGAGAAGCAGGAGCUGCAGGAGCUCAACGACCGCUUCGCCAGCUUCAUCGAGAAAGUGCGCUACCUGGAGACGCAGAACGCGGCGCUGCUGGCCGAGCUGGGCCACGCGCGCUCCAAGGAGACCACGCGCGCCGGCGACCUCUUCCAAGAUGAGCUCCGCGAGCUCCGCAGGCAGGUGGACGCGCUGGGCAAGGAUCGCGACCGCCUGCAGGUCGAGAGGGACAACAUGGCCGAGGAUCUGGCCGCCCUCAAGCAGAGGCUGGAUGAGGAAAUGCACAAGCGCGAAGAUGCUGAAGGGAACCUGGUUUUGUUCCGCAAGGAUGUGGACGAUGCCACCCUCUCGCGCCUGGAGCUGGAGCGCAAGAUCGAAUCCCUCAUGGAUGAAAUUGAAUUCCUCAAGAAACUGCAUGAAGAGGAGCUACACGACAUGCAGGUGAGCAUGCACAGCCAGCAGCAGGUGCAAGUGGAGGUGGAGCAGGCCAAGCCGGACCUGACAGCCGCCCUGCGGGACAUCCGUACCCAGUAUGAGAGCAUCGCGGUCAAGAACCUGCAGGAGGCCGAGGAGUGGUACAAAUCCAAGUUUGCUGACCUGUCGGACGCAGCCAACCGGAACCACGAAGCACUUCGCCAGGCCAAGCAGGAGAUGAACGAAUCCCGGCGCCAGAUCCAGAGCCUCACCUGCGAAGUGGAUGGACUCAAAGGAACGAAUGAAGCUUUGCUGAGGCAGAUGCGAGACCUGGAGGACCAAUACGGGGUGGAGAUGGGCUCGUACCAGGACACAGUGGCACGGCUAGAGCAGGAGAUCCAACACCUGAAGGAAGAGAUGUCACGGCACUUGCGGGAGUACCAGGACCUGCUGAAUGUCAAGAUGGCCCUCGACAUCGAGAUUGCCACCUACCGCAAGCUGCUGGAGGGGGAGGAGAGCAGGAUUGCAGUGCCGGUUCAGUCCAUGGCCUCCUUCGGCUUCAGAACGACAGUUUCAGAGCCAGAGCCAGCGGUGGACAGCCACUCUAGGAAGACUGUGCUGAUCAAAACCAUUGAGACCCGGGAUGGAGAGGUGGUGACUGAAUCGAGGAAAGAGCAGAGAUCUGAGAUAGAGAAGUGAUGGGGGGGGGGGAAAGAGUCCCAGGCACCUCCUCCCUCCCUCCCCUCACCCCCAAUGCUGUGGA